AUGAGACAGGUCGGUGUCCUGUGCGCAGCUGCUUUGGUUGCAUUGCAAGAGAAUGUUGCAAAGCUUGAAGGUGAUCACAAGAAAGCUAAGGUUUUAGCUGAGGGACUGAACAAAAUCAAAGGACUAAAAGUGGAUGUUACUUCUGUGGAGACCAACAUUGUAAGUAGCCUAGUUAUGGAAGCACAAGCUGUUGGGCAGUGA